AUGUCAAAUUCCAAGAAUAACUCGCCUAAUAUCCGUCGAAAGUUAGCCUUAGUUAUUGGCAAUCAAAAUUAUGUAAAGAGACCAUUGAGACAUUCCGAAAAUGAUGCUAACGAUUUGCAUGCUGUUUUAACUGAGAUUGGCUUUACGGUUGACAGGGAACUAAAUUGUAAGUAUGAUAAAAUGAACGAUGCAAUCGAAAAAUUCUCCAAAAAAAUUAAGGACGAAGACUUGUUGCUGUUUUAUUUUGCUGGCCAUGGUUUUCAAUAUGAAGGUCAAAAUUAUUUGGUAUCUAUCGAUGCCAUACAAGAUUCAGAUGAAAUUCUAAUUGACCAAUCUAAGUUGAUAAAGGUAGACAAUAUUUUGGAGAAGCUAUCAAAACCAACGUUCCACGUCUCUAUUUUUCUUCUUGACUGUUGUCAGGAAAAUUUAUCUGCUUCUAAAAUCAUUCAUUUGCAAGACGUUGAAACAAGAGAUAUAUCAGAAAAGAAAACCGAAUCUCAAUGUGGUAUAAAAAUCUCUAUAGUAUUAGUUAAAAUGACAGCACCUGGUGGUUCAAUUAUUCAGUUUGCUUGUGCUCCGGGUUACCGAGCAGCCGAUGGUUAUGAUCAAGAACGAAAUGGAUUAUAUACAAAGUACUUAUUGAAGCACAUUGCUCGGCCAAAAGUAGAGAUAAACUUGAUCUUUCGCAGAAUUACUCGGGAUGUUUUUGAAGAAAGCAAAGCAAAGCAAAAACCAUAUAUAAAGGGUGAUCUUAUGACUGAAGAGCCCAUAUAUUUAAGCGCUGGCGAUUCUAAUGAUGCGAUGCCAUUUGAAGCGAUCAGAAGAAAAUAUCAACAAUAUUAUGUAGAACGGUUCAUGAAUACAUGUCAAAAAGUUCCUAUCGAAGAAUGUUACAUUAAUUUAUCGAUAACAAGAACUGAGGAACAAGAAGAAAAAGAAAAGAAACUGCAGAGUGCUAAAUCUCAUGAUGAAAUCAUCAAUACAUAUGAAGAAAUUUAUCGAAAUACGACAUCAAUAGAUAUAAAGGAAAUUUUUGAUAAAUGCAAAGAUCGAAAGAAACAAGUGCGUGUGAUUGGACGAGCUGGAAUCGGAAAAUCAAUAUUUUGUCGAUAUGUUGCCUAUCAAUGGGCAGAAGGUAAACUUUGGUCACAUUACGAACUGGUUGUAUUAAUUACAUUGAAUUCUUUAACACAUGAAAGCUACCCCAUGUCGGCAUCUGAUGUGAAAUAUAGUCUAGUUGAUCUUGUGCAAACGCAGUAUUUCCCAUGCGAAUCUCUAUCCGACGAUGAUAAAAUGUAUUUCAAAUCACUGUGCGAUGAAGGUAAAGUUUUAUGGUUAUUAGACGGUUACGAUGAACUUUCGCUAAAUAUUUCACACCAACUCAAAAGUGUAUUCGAUACUAUAUAUCAAACACAACAUCAUAUUUUGACCACUCGUCCAUAUGACAUUUCAUUGUCAUAUAAAACGCAAGUGGAAAUCAUAGGAUUUACUGAUGCCAAUAUUACCAUGUAUGUAAAUCAGUUCUUCGAGCAAUUAGACGAAAAUGAAUCCGAAAGUCAGCACCUGUUGACUUACUUAAAAUCGAACACUAAAAUUUGGGGUAUCGCACAUAUCCCAGUGCAUCUAGAACUAAUCUGCUGCAUUUGGAGUGACAGGAAAAUAUCAAUGACAAAAGAAGCAUCAGCAAAAACAACACUUGAAGUUACCAUGCUUUACGAUGAAAUGGUUCAAUGGUUAUGUCGACAAUAUUUAAAGAAACAAAAGCAUAUGGCAACUUGUAGCAUGACUAGAAAUGCACUUCGAAAACACUGCGAAAAAGAAUUAGAAUUCUUAGAGAAUGUAGCUUUUUAUGUUAUGAAAGACUCUAGCGUGAUUAUAGAUUCAAAUGUAUUUGUUGAAGUAGAAAAAACAAUGGGAUGGUUCAUAAGUGAUUAUCCGCAAUUACUCAAUAUAGGUAUUUUAAAAUCAUUCAACGACCAACGAAUUGGUAGUCAUGUCGACGUUAAAAAACCACAUUAUUUUGUUCACCUUAGUUUUCAAGAAUUCUUUGCGGCCGGCUACAUCGUCACUGGUCUUCGUAGUGGUAGACCUGAGGACUCAAUAAAUUUUAUCAAGGCCAACAAGUACGAUCAACGCUUUAGAUUAUUAUUAAAUUUCGUAUCUGGUCUCCUGACUUUAUACAAUGAGAAAGAGCCUAUUCAAUAUUUUUGGGAUGCUAUAUUAAAUGAGCCAUUGGAUUUAGUUGGCCUGAGACAUUUCGAUCUAAUCAUCUCGUGUCUUGAGGAGACCCGUGGCGGUUCCAGUAUACCCAGGCGUCAGGAGCUGGUUGAUUACAUAGUGAUGUGGAUUAAAAUCGGUGUUAAUAUGGAAGAUAACAAAGUCCUAACAUAUCUCCAGCAAGCCUUGCAACAAUCAUGCAUAAUCGCUAAUGAAAUCACCAUUCAAGAAACGCUUAUUCAAUUGAUGCAAAGUAAAGAACCUUCCACCAAAAUAAACACCUUAACCUUACUUUCCACACUACCAUUCUCAAACUUCCCCGAAAAGUUACUUAUGGAAGAUAACAAAGUCCUAACAUAUCUCCAGCAAGCCUUGCAACAAUCAUGCAUAAUCGCUAAUGAAAUCAGCAUUCAAGAAACGCUUAUUCAAUUGAUGCAAAGUAAAGAACCUUCCACCAAAAUAAACACCUUAACCUUACUUUCCACACUACCAUUCUCAAACUUCCCCGAAAAGUUACUUGAUUUAAUCAUCAUAGACUUAAAUAUCGAACCAUUUUACUUUCAUGAUACUAUCUCAAAAGCCCUUACCAAACUCCUUGAACACAUACCACAUGAUGUUGUGCUUCAGCGACUUCUGACCGUACUUAAACCUCAACACAAUAGCAAACUAAUAGAACGAGUCUUUACAAUUCUAAAAAACACUCCUGAAAACCAUGCCAUAUAUGCAACGAUUCAUAUGGUUGUAUUAGCUACUCAAGAUAAGAACAUCUACCACAGACAAAUUGCACAUCAAGUUCUGGGACAUCUUGGUGGAAAAGCAACAACUCAAGAGCUGAUCAGACUACUUUUAACUGUACUGAGCGACCAGGACUGUGAUGUCAGAUUAUGUGCAUGUAAUGCUCUGGGACUACUUGGUGAAAAAGCAGCAAGCGAAGAGGUGGUCAAAGUACUGUCAGCUGCACUUAGUGGCCAAGACAAUGGUGUCAGAGUAUAUGCACGUAGAGCUCUGGAGCGACUUGUUAAAAACACGGGAAGUGAAAAGGUGACCAAAGGACUCUUAACUGCACUUAGCGACCAGGACUGUGAUGUCAGAGAAUGUGCAUGUGAUGCUCUGGGACGACUUGGUGAAAAAGCAGCCAGUGAAGAGGUGAUCAAAGGGCUUUUAAUUGCACUUAGCGACCAGGACUAUCGUGUCAAAAAACGUGCAUGUGAUGCUCUGAGACAACUUGGUGAAAAAGCAGCGAGUGAAGAGAUGAUCAGAGGACUUUUAAUUGCACUUAACGACCGGGACAGUGUUGUCAGAGUAUAUGCAUGCAAAGCUCUGAUACAAAUUGAUGGGAAAAGAGGAGAUGUUCACAUCAUGAAUGCUCUUGUGGAUUUAUUUCUGAGAUCUGAUUCGGAGUGUUAUCAUUUCCUUUCGAAUCACCUGAAAAACGCUCUUUAUCAUUCUGAGACAAUGAUAAUCUUAAAAUCCGACAUCGUUAGGAAACUUGAGAUUUCUCUUAGUAAACGUUGUUUUGAGGAAUUUUUAGCUAUGCCUACACACAAAUUUGUUAAUGCAUUACUGAAAACGGUUGACGUCUCAUGGAUGCCCAUAGUAAUACGAGCUGCGCUUUAUCAGAGAAAUGCCAUUGUGGUUUGGGAUAACUUUAUAUGGAUUUAUGGUAGUGAAGAGCCGAAGAGGUUCCAGUGCACUGAUAAAAUGAAGAAUCAGUUGGUUGAAGCAUUUUCUGGGCAAGGAAAAAAACCUAGGGGUGCCACAUUUUUAUUUAAAAUAAAGAAUUUUUUUUUAAAUGAAAAGUUAAAUUGA